UAUCCCUCUCCCUCUCCUCUGUUCUCACCGCCGGAAGCAAAAAUGGAAUGAGACUAACCACCCUAUAUAUAUUGUAGUUGUACUGCUAGCGUCGUCUUCCUCGGUUCUUCCGCAUCGUCUUCUCGUCUCGAUCGAAAGACAUCCGCCUUCCACUACUCCUCUCCCGCCUCCAAUGGCGGCUGAUCAGUCUGCGGGAUGGGCGAACCUCCCGGACAAAGUCGUGCACGAGAUCUACCGCCGCAUCCCGUGCGAGGUCGAUCGCCACCACGCGGGUCGCGUCUGCCUCUCCUGGCGCGUGGCGCUCGCAAAGCUGAAGCCCCCGGUGCCACCUGCCCCGCUCCCGUGGCUCCUCCUCCCGGAGGCCGACGGGGAGCACCGGCCUACCUUCUCCUGCGUCCUCCGCGGCUGGCGCAGCACGCACCCUUUCUUCCUCCCGAUCGGCGCACGCCGCGCGCGCUACUUCGGUUCGUACAACGGCGUCUGGCUAUUCCUCGCCGUCGAUGUCCUCCAAGGAGACGGAAAAGCUGAAGACCACCUCCUCAUCAACCUCCACAGCUUUCAGUUCGUCGACCUCCCCAACGCGAUGCGAGUGCCGAUCUAUCAGGCAGAUCAGGGUCUCCAGAACAUCGCCAUCGUCGCCGCCGCUCUCUCGCGGCCGCCAACUGAACGAGGAUGCGUGGUCGCCGGUAUCAUCGAGCUCGCUCAUUCCCCGCCGGCCCGCCGAGUCGCGUUCUGGCGCAUGGGCGAUCGGGUGGUCCCGCGGCAUCCGUGGGCGGAGUGGCCGCCGGAGGAAGUGGAGGACCUCCUAUACACUACUGGAGCUUUCAUUUUUCUCACCAAAAAGGAAGAUAUUCGCGUGUGUCGAGAGCCGGCCAUCCACAAAGAUUUCGUUCAAUUGCAGCUAAACUUGCAGAGUCUGGUGCUCUUCAGGCCGCGGGGUCGCGACGGCCAGAUGGUGCUUGGUCGCUACCUCGUGCACUCCCGGCGGGACGUUCUCCUGGUCGUCAGGUUAGCCGCUCCCCUCCCGUACGAUCAGGCGGCCGUGGAGUUCCGGGUGUUCGAGAGCAAGAAAUACGUGCAGGGCAAGUACACGCGCAUGUGGAACGCGCUGUCUGGGCUCGACGGCCGGAUUCUGUUCGUCGGACGAGGCUGCUCCAGAUCCUACGAGGAGGCCGAUGGGUACCCCGGCAUGGAGGGCGUCUACUUCUUGGACGACCACAGCUCCCGCCGCCCGAUCGUCCACGGCCCGCGCCAUGCCUGCCGCUGCAGCGACAAUGGCAAAUGGUCGGAGGCGUCUCUCCGGAUCGACCGCUGCUUCCCGGAGCGAGCCUGGUCGAAAUGCUCGCCUCCGGUUUGGAUUAUCCCCUGAGGCGACAGCUCCCGGCCGGGAACGUCGUGUCGUUGCUCUGCAGGUCAAGUUAGUGUGUGCUGUGAUCAUGGCUUCAUCUGCUUACACUCUGUACGUUGUCCUUGCUCAGUUCGAUCUUCGAUUGGGGUGGUGUUCUCAUGUCGAAACUGUUUGCUGUUGGUGCUCGAUAGAAUGGCCUGCAUUUGUUUUUGGGUAUAAGCUGAAAUCGGUAUUCGUUUAGUUGUGAAUUG